GUCUGAUAGGAUAUUAAUCACAACGGGCAAGAGUAUAUAGAAGCUAGCUGCAAUGAAAUAUUGAACCUCUUGCCAGAAAUCAGAUCUACUUCAUAUAUACUGCACAAUAACAACAAAGUUACAAACUGAAAGGGAGAGAGUUUAAAGAAUGGGAGUCUCAGUGAAACAGUCCUGUCCUGGACUCCAAGUUGGAGUAGUAGUAGUAGUAGUCAUGAUGCUUUUCGAUGUGAGCAGAGCACAAUUCUCCUUGAGCCCUGUAAUAGCUUGUCCAAUGGAAAACGUCACUUUCACAUGUACUGCACUUGGAAGUGAAAUAGAGUGGUCUCUUCCAAAUGGCAUCUUAGUUACACUUAAUGGCGUUGCUGAAGACAUCAAUAAGGAAUUUGUCGAGUUUAAUGUGUACAUCAUUGUCGUUACUGGACUCAAUGCAACUGCUAUAACAUCUACUUUGACCACAGUAGCAGAGAAUGGGGUCACCUUGUCCUGUAGAGGAGUAGACCCAUUGGAAACAGUUGGAAGUAGCACAAUUCAACUCGCUGAUCCUCCAGGACAACCUGUCAACAUUCAGCACCUUGUUCUGGACAGUAGUACAGAUGAAGUAGCAAUGGUGUCAUUGCAAUGGGAUCCUCCUGCCGAUGAUGGUGGAGUAGCUAUUCAGUUUUAUAUGGUGUCGAUAUCACCUUUGGCACAGUUCUCUGAAUCGAUAAUCACAACGACUUCAGCCACUGUGACUGCUGACUAUUCUGUACGCUACACCGUGAGCAUUGUGACUACCAACUGUGCUGGCAAUAGCACUGCUACGGAGUACAUCUUCACUAUAUGCCCUCCCACUCCGCUGUCUCCUGAUGUGUCAACUGGUGCUGCUGUUGGGAUCACAUUGUCUUUGUCGUCAGUUUUCUUCGCAUUGCUUGGAAUACUGAUUGGAGUAUUAGUGAUGUAUGGGAUCAAUCGCUGUACACCUCGGGACUGUAAUUGUUGCAAAGAACCAGAAAUAAAGGUUGAAGAAACUGAGCUAAAGAUUUCUAGCCAACAAUAAAACUACUAAAUACUCGUCCAAAUAUACUUGUAAAGCUUGUACACACCACACCAUACAGUUAUAGAAUAUCAGUCUACUUGUUCAUAGUCACUAUCAGCUUCAGCUAUUGUCGGUCUCUUUGUGACAACAUUAUAUGCUUCAUUUUGUUGAAAUGCCACUGUGAUAUGACUUUGAUCAAUUUGUUGAGUUGUACCA